AUGGGGAAGGAAAAAGCUUCAGAUCCAAGAAAAUGGACAGAAGAAAAUAUGAAAAAAGCUAUAGAAUAUGUCAUAAGCAAGAAAAUGGGAGUUAAUGAAGCUAGCCGGACAUAUGAAAUACCAUCAAGAACCUUACGUAGACACAUCCUGAAAGGCUGGGAUAGCAAGCAGAAUAUAGGUAGACCUUCGGAAUUAGGGCAUGAAAAUGAAUUGAAACUUGUAGCUCACAUCAAACGUCUCGAAUCCAUCGGAUUUCCUCUAGAACAAUCAAGACUGCAGUCUAUUGCUUACGACUUUGCUGAAAAACUAGAAUUACCUCAUCGAUUCAAUAAGGAGAAAAAACAAGCUGGAUGGGAUUGGUUCCAAGGGUUCAUGAAGAGGCAUCCAGAGCUAAGUAAAAGAAAAGCGGAAGGCCUGUCCCUGGCGAGAGCUACUGGUAUGAAUCGACAGGAUGUCAAUAAUUAUUUUGAGAUGUUGUUGAAAGUGUUGACUGAAAAUGAUUUACUUGGUAAGCCUGAAAGAAUUUUCAACAUGGACGAAAGUGGCAUUCAAAUUAACAAUAAAACUGGAAUCGUAGUAGCCAGCAAGGGUGCAAAAUGUGUUAAUUCUGUAACCAGCGCUGAAAAAGGUGAACAUAUUUCUAUAAUUGCAUGCUGCAAUGCUGAGGGCACUUUUCUUCCCCCCGUUUUGAUAUUUAAAGGUAAAUACAAAAAACCUGAAUUUUCUGAAGGUUUGCCGCCAGGAUCAGAUGUUUUUAUGAAUCAAAAAUCAUCUUACAUCAACGCUGAUCUAUUCUACAACUGGAUGAACGAUCAUUUUAUUCCACGAAAGUCAGACGGGAAAGUUCUCCUGAUUCUUGAUGGCCAUUCCUCCCAUUCGAAUUCAUAUAAAAUGCUACAGUUAGCUAAAGAAAACGAAAUAAUCUUGCUUUGUCUACCUAGCCACACUACUCAGGCUCUACAACCCUUAGACAAAAGUUUUUUCAAGCCUUUUAAAAGCUACCUGUCCAAAGCAGUAACCACUUGGUUUAUAAACAACAAAGAAAGGCAUUUAAACCGACAGCACAUUUCAAAACUAAUUGGUGAGGCUUGGUACAAGUCUGCAAUUCCAGCAAUCGGUGUUUCAGGGUUUAAAGCAACAGGGAUAUAUCCCUAUGAUCCAAACAUUGUUCCUGACUAUUUCUUCAGCGUUUCUGAUGCAGCAGUUAGAAACAGUCCUGACAAUAUUCAAAAUAGUGACCUUUCUUUGCCGAGUACUUCAACAUCUUCAAUAAACCAGAGUGAUCAGAUUGCACACGCUUCUGAUGUUUUACAGAAAGAAACACCAACUAAGACCUUACAAAUAGUGAGUCCUUUGCCUGUUUUACGUCAUAAAACCAGCAAAAGAAAACAGAACGUUAAGAUUUUGACAUCAGAAACACAUUUAGCAACUCGUAAACUUUUUGAAGAAAAAAAGAAGUCGCAGAAGAAACACUUGGUAGCACCAGCAAAACGUAAGAAGAAUGUUGCAGAAGUGUCGUCAUCAUCGGAAAGUGAAGAAGAGUUACAGCUCAGUGAAUCAAGUGAAGAAUGUUCUGAUGAAAAUGAAAACACUUGUGUAGAAUGUCUCGAAUCUUACUUCCAUACAAAGAAAAAAAGUGACUGGAUCCAGUGUUUGCAGUGUUCCGGCUGGUUGCAUGAAGAUUGCUCAAACUUCCCAGAGAAAUGCAACAAGUGCGGUGACCAAAAUAAAGGGAAAGGAAAAGGAAAGAAGACUAAAAAAUGA